AUGGGAGCAGACUAUGUCACCUCCUCAAUGAACUUAACUGCAGAAUGCCUGCCAGAUGGCCACUUUUUCGUUACCAGAUUCUUACCGCUGUCUUACUUGUUCUUGUUCAUUGCAUCGUUUAUUCUGAACUGCAUGGCAGGAUGGGUAUUCUUCCAUCUAACAAGCAAAAAGCCUAUGGUUGUUUUUCUCAAGAACAUUAUUGUUGCAGACCUAGUAAUGACAAUGACUUUUCCUUUUACAAUAUUGUCCCACACACAGGUAAAGCAAUACAUACAUGCAGUUGUCUGCCAGUUUUCAGCUGUUAUUUUCUAUGUAACUAUGUACAUCAACAUCAUACUUUUGGGUCUAAUAAGUCUCAACAGAUAUGUUAAAAUAGUAAGGGACUAUAAUCACAGUUUACUUAAUAAUGCAAAAUUUGUCAGAAUAGCUUCUGUUCUUGUCUGGAUAAUUAUGUUUCUAACAGCACUACCAAACAUGUUUUUGAACAGGACUGACAUGUUACCAAUAAGCCGAAAAAGCUGCAUGAAGUUAAAGACUGAACUAGGUAUUAAAUGGCACAAUUUUUCUAUAUUCUUUUCUAUAUCAAUAUUCUUUGCAACUUUCCUUGUGAUGAGUUUUUGUUAUGUUUAUAUAUUAAGAACAAUCUAUUACUCUCGCGCAAAUACUGGGAGAAAGCUUUCACUUGGAAAACAAAAAUCAAGGCGCAAUGUUUUUUGCAUUCUUGGUGUGUUCUUUGUUUGUUUUGUACCAUAUAACAUUUAUAGAGUUCUAUAUCCAGGAAGCAAAACUGAGACAAUAAGUUGCACAACGCAAAACACUUUGUUUUUCAUAAAGGAAGGUCUUGUAUUGCUAUCAGCAGUGAACACCUGCCUGGAUCCUAUACUUUAUUUUUUACUCUGCAAGUCCUUCACUCGAUCUGUAGAGAAAAGCUACAAGACAUUUUGUGGAAAAAACAAAUCAGAUAAUGCACAAAGUAUGAAUGACAGUAAAAUAAAGACAGAUGCAGAAGUUCUGACCACUGAAUCUCAUCAGUGA